UCCAACUUUCUUCUUCUUCUUCAUUCCUCCUACUAUCUCUCCUCCAUUACUCCCAAACAAAAACGUGCCCUCUUCUCCCAUUUUCACUUUCAAGAUCUCCUCCGAACAUCGCGAACAAUCCGCUUCCUUUCUUUUGGCUUAUUAUCUGUUCCGUUGUACAAGAUAGAUAGAGAGAGAGAGUUUGAUUUUCUUGGCGAAAGAUUCUGAUCGGGAACUCGGUGUUAUUUGUCUUUGGGAAUUAGUUGAAUAUUUUGAAUUAUAAGAUGGUUUUCCUCUCUGAAAUUUCAUCAUCAGAUGAAGAAGAAGGAGUUGGAGAAAAGGAGAGAUAGCAGUAGAAGAAGCUGCGAAAUUAGGGGAAGGAGAAGGGAAUUCUUUAAUAUCUGCUUAUCUGUUUUUGCUUCUUCUGUUGAAUCGCCAUGUCUGCUACUGUUCUAAGCGAUACAAUCCUAGAACCUCAAACAGCAUCAACGAAGCUAAUCGUUCACAUGGAGGCUGAGUUCGUCAAAUGCGAUUGCUGUGGACUAACGGAAGAGUGUACACCAGCAUACAUAGAACGAGUUCGUGAGCGUUACAGUGGGAAUUGGAUCUGUGGUCUCUGUUCUGAAGCAAUCAAAUACGAAAUCCUCCGUUCCGAUAGUCUAAUCACGGCGGAGGAAGCCAUGGAAAAUCACAUGAAUCUAUGCAAGAAAUUCACAUCGUUGAAACCACCUCCGAAUCCUACAGUGCAUUUAAUUACGGCGAUGAGACAGAUUCUGAAACGGAGCUUAGAUUCUCCUUCCUCACGUGCUCUGAGGUCCAUGCCUACAAGUCCGACGAAGAAAGGGUCACGACCUCCGGCGCUGACUCGAACAGGAAGCUGCUUUUCAUCUCUAUCUGGUUCGUGAAUCAUCAAAGGUACAGGAUUCCAAGGACCACCACCACCACCAUCAUCACCAAAAACUCAAAUCAAUCAAACUCAAACUAAAUAGGGGAGGAUCCAAAUAAUAAUACUUUAUAUUCCAGAAAAAUAAACUUAAAUUAUUAGGCUAAAUUAUGCUCUAAACUUCAUCUUAAUCCAUGUUGGUUUUUUUCUUUUUGUCAUAAUCGGCAAAAUUCUAACCAUUUUAUGGUGUAAUUUAGCUUUAAUAAUGUUAAUUAAAGUUGGAUUUUUCUGUGCA